AUCUUCCUGCGAUCACGACUCGGAACCAUGAUCAGAUAAAACUGAUAAAACCCUCCUCCCAACGCCAGUAACUUUAUCCUCUCCUUUCUCACUUCCACCAUGUCUCACCAUCAGGAGCCCCUCAGAACGGUCCUUGUCACUGGAGGUGCUGGCUAUAUUGGCUCGCAUGUGGUUUACUGCCUGGCAAAGACAAGAAGAUACAAAAUAAUCUCGGUGGACAAUCACCACAACUCACAUUCAUCGGCGUUGAACCAAGUUUCUCAGCUCAUGCAAGAUGAGUUGCCACAAAACGCAACGGAACAGGAUCGACAAAGCACCGAGUUUGAUUCGUAUAAUAUUGAUCUUACGCGGUCAGAACAACUCCGAGGUGUGUUCGAUAAGUAUGGGAAAGGUGGAAUUUGGGGUGUCAUUCACAUCGCGGCAUACAAAGCCGUAGGAGAAUCCACUGAAAUUCCUUUGACCUACUACGAAAAUAACGUCUCGGCCACUGUCAAGUUGUUGCAGAUUAUGGACGAGUAUGACUGCACGAGAAUCGUAUAUUCAUCAUCAGCGACAGUUUAUGGUACACCCCCCGAUGUCCCGAUACCUGAGACCACGCGACUACAAGCAGACAGUCCCUACGGACGAUCCAAGGUCAUGUCGGAGACUGUGAUUCAAGAUCUAUGCCAGUCCCAACCAGGCCGAUGGCUAGCUGUUGCUCUCAGGUAUUUCAACCCCGCUGGUGCGCAUCCAUCCGGUCGUAUCGGCGAAGACCCCGUUGGAAAACCAUUGAACCUCCUUCCUAUCCUCGCUCAUAUGGCAAUCGGUAGAAUCGAUGAUUCGACAUUGAAAGUUUUCGGAAAUGACUACCCUACCCGAGAUGGAACAUGCGUCCGCGACUAUUUACACGUCAUCGAUCUUGCGUCUGGACAUCUUCUCGCGCUUGAUGCGUUAAUAAACAAGGAUAGUAAAGUGUUCCAUGACAAACCCCAGGGUAAAUAUAAAGCGUACAACCUUGGGAAAGGGAGAGGGCAGAGUGUGUUGGAGAUGAUUGAGGCAAUGAGGAAGGCCACUGGAUUUAACUAUAAAAGUGUUAUCGUCGGACGAAGGGCUGGAGAUGUUCCAGAUCUUACUGCUGAUCCUUCAUUGGCUGAAAAGGAACUUGGAUUCAAGGCUCCACAAGACUUGGAGACGAUGUGUAGGGAUCUGUGGAAUUGGCAAUCGAAGCAUCCGAAAGGGUUCGAUUCUACCUAGGACGGAAAUUGGGAAUUGGGCAAGGAGAGUGAUAAAAUAGCGAAGAUGCAUAGUACCGCAUCAGAGUAAUAACAAUAGUUUACACUGCCUUACCAUCUACAUGGCACCCGACGAGCUUUAAUAACCAACUGACGACAUUUCACGCGCC